ACAUUAUAAUUAGAACAUUUCUGAUUUUCAUAUCAACUGGAUAUUCGUUGACUUAUGCCAAUUUUCGAUGUUUUUGUAAUUAGAUAUUAUAUAUGGUCGUGAGUUCAAAUGUUAUGUUGCGUUCCAGAAACAGGAAAUGUAGCAAAUUAACUUAUUUUAGGCGGAACCUUUGAUAAAUAAGACUGAAAAUACGGAAUGUUUAUAAGAACGGCAAAAAAAAUGCAUGUUUUAUUUGUAAUUUUCGUAGUACCUAUGUCUGGAUAAAAUGCAUUUACUAUCAGCAGAAUUCAGCAAAGUCACGUAAACUGUUUAAAUUUGUUAUGUAGAGACAAGCAAUUCAACUCAUCUGAAACAAGCGAUUUGUCUGGCGAUGUUCGAGCACUCUUCAACUGCCUAUCCAGAUGAUGAAUGCAUGUUCUUUGUACAAACAAUUUUAAGACUCGAGGAACUAAAUUCCUCUUCAUUUGUGUAUCUCAAGGCAAUUACUACAAUCAAGGUGUACAGCGUCGAGAAGAGCUUCUAGGCAGCUGUGCGGUGUUGGUAAUACCAGCCUCCAGAGUCAUUAUGCACGAUUGCAAGGAUGAAGACAUGGAUGUCUCACGGUACAGUGGGAGAUCUCCCAGACGAUCCCAACGUAGAAUGGAGCAUCUCAAUGGCCUCCUCUCUAAUCCUGAAGCACAUCAGAGCACACUCCAUCAACCUGGUGCUGACCUUCGAUGGAAGAGGAGUGGCCAUAGCAAUCACACUGCCAUCUACAAGUCUAUCAGCUAUCUCACUUCCACUGGGAAGUACCAGAUGGCUUAG